UUUAGGUGUCGUAAAGACGUCGUAACCGGGAGAUUCGGUGUGCUCUCUGCCAUACAAAUCAUUUCUGUGAUAUUUUUGAACAUUUACACAUGUGUUUGUAGCCGUAUUGAUUAGUAACUGCAGUAGACAGUACGUGAUAUAUAGAGGAUGGCUACCAUAAAGCGAGAACGUGAAAUAGACGACGAUGAAGAUGAAGUACCUGUAAAGGUGGCUCGAACGCAUGAUGGCGAGGACAAGAGAAGUCGCCACUGUCCAUAUCUUGACACAAUUAAUAGGAGUGUUCUGGACUUUGACUUUGAGAAGCUGUGCUCCAUCUCCUUGUCACACAUCAAUGUUUACGCCUGCCUCGUUUGUGGGAAAUAUUUCCAGGGGCGAGGACAGAAGUCUCAUGCCUACACGCACAGUGUCCAGUUCGCCCACCACGUAUUCCUAAAUCUGCACACCCUCAAAUUUUACUGCCUUCCGGACAACUAUGAGAUCAUCGACUCCUCACUAGAGGACAUUACGUAUGUGCUGAAGCCCACCUUCACCCGUCAGCACAUCAACGGCCUGGAUAAGCAGGGUCGCCUGUACCGAGCCUACGACGGCACCACCUACCUACCGGGCAUUGUGGGACUCAACAACAUCAAGGCUAACGACUACGCCAACGUGGUGCUACAUGCCCUGUCCAACGUGCCUCCCCUGAGGAACUACUUCCUGGAGGAGGAGAACUACCGUGGGAUUCGCCGGCCGCCCGGUGACAUCAUGUUCCUGCUGGUGCAGCGCUUCGGGGAGCUGAUGCGCAAGCUGUGGAACCCGCGCAACUUCAAGGCCCACGUCUCCCCGCACGAGAUGCUUCAGGCCGUGGUGCUCUGCUCCAAGAAGAACUUCCAGAUCACCAAACAGGGGGAUGCUGUUGACUUCCUGUCCUGGUUCCUCAAUGCUCUGCAUGGGGCUCUGGGAGGCACCAAGAAGAAACCAUCCAUCAUCACAAAGGUCUUCCAGGGCUCCAUGAGGAUCUUCUCUAAGAAGCUGCCUCAUCCUGAUCUGACCCAGGAGGAGAAGGAGGUGCUCCUGGAGACGGAGGACUACCAGGAGGUGAUGAGCGAGGCUCCGUUCCUCUACCUGACGCUGGACCUCCCCACGGCUCCCCUCUACAAGGACGAGAAGGAGCAGCUCAUCAUCCCACAGGUCCCCCUCUUCAACAUCCUCACCAAGUUCAACGGCAACACGGAGAAGGAGUACCGUACCUACAAGGAGAACUUCCUGAAGAAGUUCCAGCUGACGCGGCUGCCCCCCUACCUCCUCUUCUACAUCAAGAGGUUCAACAAGAACAACUUCUUCAUCGAGAAGAACGGCACCAUCGUCAACUUCCCCAUCACGAGUGUGGACCUGCGUGAGUACCUGACAGAGGAGGCCCAGGCCACGGAGAAGAGGACGACCUAUGACCUCAUCGCCAACGUGGUGCAUGAUGGGAAACCCACCGAGGGAGCCUACAGGAUCCACGUGCUGCAUCAUGGCACAGGGAAAUGGUAUGAGCUGCAAGAUCUGCAGGUGACGGAUAUUCUCCCCCAGAUGAUCACGCUGUCUGAAGCUUACAUCCAGAUUUGGAAGAGGAGGGAGAGUGAAGAUGAUGACAGCCACAAUGGGGCCUGAGGACGAGAGGCUGCCUUCAUCAUGUUUCCUGACUGUGUGUAUGCUACAGAAUUCCUUGGUUGUUUUUUAUCAUUAUGUUCAUGUCAGUAUAGUGUAAUAAAACAAAAACAACAAAACAAAACUUUA